CCCAUCCCAUUCCAUCAUCAAAAAAUCAUCUGCUGUUUUUUUUUUUUGGUUAAAUAAAAAAGAAAAAAUUGAAAAACCCAUAACAUAAACCCUUCUCGUGUGAGUAGUGAGUGAUUGCGAAGCAUUAUCUUGAAAUGGGUUUCUCAGUUUCAGUCUCUCAUGGCCAUGGCCUCUCUUCACAACUCUCAUCUUCAUCAUUGCAUGCCCAACAGUUGUCUUCUUCAUCAUCAAAGUCAACUCUAUUCGUGGGGUUCCCAUUCACUUCCUAUGCUUCUACUCUCCACGGGAAACAGUGCCGUUCUCAACCUCACCUUGUUGUUUAUUCCAAGAGGGUAUCCGGUUUAGAGGAGGCCUUGAGAAUAAGGAGAGAGCGUGAACUUCAGGGUACGACAAAGUUUAGAAGAAGGCCACCUUUAAGACGUGGGAAGGUGUCACCACGUCUUCCCGUGCCUGAUCACAUACCAAAGCCUCCUUAUUUAAGUUCAAAUAUAUUGCCUGAAAUUUCUAGCGAGCAUCAGAUUCAUGAUGCUGAAGGCAUUGCUCAAAUGAGAGCUGCCUGCGAGCUUGCUGCUCGUGUCUUAGACUAUGCAGGGACAUUAGUUAGGCCAUCAGUGACAACAGAUCAAAUUGACAAAGCUGUGCACGAGAUGGUAAUAGAAGCGGGUGCUUAUCCUUCUCCUCUUGGCUAUGGUGGGUUUCCUAAGAGUGUAUGCACUUCGGUUAAUGAGUGCAUGUGCCACGGAAUACCUGAUUCUCGCCAGCUACAGGAUGGAGACAUAAUUAACAUAGACGUCACAGUGUACCUAAAUGGUUAUCAUGGAGACACAUCAAAGACAUUUCUCUGUGGAGAUGUUAGUGGCCCACUACAGCGCCUUGUAACAGUAACUGAAGAAUGCAUGGAGAAAGGUAUAGCUGUUUGCAAGGAUGGUGCUAGUUUAAAAAAAAUAGGAAAAAGAAUAAGUGAGCAUGCAGAAAAAUAUGGUUAUGGAGUGGUGGAGCGUUUUGUUGGGCAUGGUGUUGGGACUGUUUUUCACUCUGAGCCAAUUAUAUUGCAUCACCGCAAUGAAAGUCCUGGCGUCAUGGUUGAAGGUCAAACAUUUACCAUUGAACCAAUUCUUACACUGGGAGGCAUCGAGUGUAACACAUGGCCCGACAACUGGACAACCGUGACUUCUGAUGGCAGCCCUGCUGCACAGUUUGAACAUACCAUCUUAAUCACUAGAACUGGUGCGGAAAUUUUGACAAAAUGUUGAGACUCCAUUGUAUUUGGCACAUGCUUUUCUGUAUCAUGCAUAUAUAGCAAAAGGUGAAGAUUGACUCCCUGGAAAGUGACAUAAUGUAAGCUCGAUGGAAAGCAAUUCAGACGCCAAAGUAAUUGUCUAUUAAAACAACUAUCGUUUGCCUCAGCAUUAACCAUCAUCCAUUGUUCAACAACUUAAGCAUGUUAAACGGGUGUUAUUCCUAUUAGAAAUUGCUCCUCCUGGGGUUUAUUUUUCUUUA